CAGCUCAGGCCUUGUGUCUUUCAUUUCCUGGUCUUGAAACGACACAGGAUCCGAGACAGAACUGUGGGGAUCAGACAUUGCAAUCAUGUCGGCACCUGCCAUGGGACCCAGCAAAACGAUGCAGGGUGAUGCUGCACCCAAGAAAAAGAGGGGACCGGGUGCGCUGGCCACGGCGUACCUCGUCAUCUACAACGUUGUAAUGACAGCAGGGUGGCUGGUGAUUGCCGUGGGCCUGGUCCGAGCCUACCUGGCCAGGGGCAGCUACCAUGGCCUCUACUAUUCCAUAGAGAAGCCACUGAAGUUCUUCCAGACCGGGGCAGUUCUGGAGAUAGUGCACUGUGCUGCAGGGAUCGUACCGUCGUCUCUGGUUCUGACUGGCUUUCAGGUCCUGUCCAGAGUCUUCCUCACCUGGGCUGUUACUCACAGCGUCCGUGAGGUGCAGAGCGAGGACAGCGUGUUGCUGUUCGUCACGGCCUGGACGGUAACGGAGAUCAUCCGCUACUCCUUCUACACCUUCAGCCUGCUCAACCACCUUCCCUACCUCAUUAAAUGGGCAAGGUACACCUUCUUCAUCGUUCUGUAUCCCAUGGGUGUGAGCGGGGAGCUGCUGACCAUCUACGCCGCACUGCCCUACGUGCAGAAGACGGGCCUGUACUCCAUCACGCUGCCGAACAAGUACAACUUCUCCUUCGACUACUACAGCUUCCUCAUCCUGGCCAUGGUCUCCUACAUUCCUCUCUUCCCCCAGCUGUACUUCCACAUGCUCCGCCAGAGGAAGAAAGUUCUGGGCCACGCGGAGGACCUCAGCAAAAUGGACUAGGCCGGCACGCGGACACUGGACUGUCAACGAACAACGGAAAGCGGGAUCACGGCGUCAAAAAUAAACUUUGCAAAAAAACAGAAGAGACAAUGCAUAGCCCAACGGAAACCGGUCCUGGAGUUUGUAUGUUAAUCCAACGUUCAAUUUGGGUCGAUAUAACGCUCUUUUCUGUUUCCUUUUUUAACCUUUUUCUUUUUAAAUGUUCUGCCUCACAUUCUUUACACACUUGUUCACGUUCAGGUAGGAGGGCCUUGCGUCCCAUUUUAGUUUUAGUUUUUUCAUUUUCGGAAGUAUUGCCGUCACGUUGUUUAUUCGGAAAAAUGGCCGACGUAGAGAUGCUCAGAUCACCACUGAGCAAACAGCUUCCUGGUGAGCGGUGAGUAGCAUCACGCCGCAGUACGCUAUGCCAGAACGAACGCACUGAUAGGAGCAGUCUCUUCUCUUGUAGCACAGAUAUAUCGAUUCCUCCACCUAUACCUAUCAAAGCCUAUUUAGUUAUCUAGGAAGUAGCAGUUUAUGAUAUACAAGUUACCACAUCCAGGACAUGGGACUUUUUAUAGCGUUGUAUCAUAUAUGUUCCAACAGGCUUGUUAAGAUGCUACCAAGUCUUUUAAUUUAUUCCUUGCAUAAGGUUUUUUGAUAACAUUCCUCGAUUAGUUUAAUAAAACCUCUUCUCGUUUUUGUGCUUGCAUGAGUUUCUUUUGUUCUGUACUAGAAGAGGCAAUGAUUUGGGCUGUGGAAGGGGAACUAUAUUUACAUCUGUCCAGGAUUCGGUUGCGAUGUAGCAUUGCUGUUUACAUGUUUUGUGUAACAGAACCUGUCCAGCGGCUGCGUAGGGCCGUCAGUCAUUUGUUUGGGUGGUGUGACCUCAUGUUUUCUCGUUGAUAAGAUAACCUCGUUUUUAAGGUUUUGUUUUAAUGUACAUUUACUGAGCAACCUCAUUUAACUACAACAAAGCUUUAAACAUGCUCAUGUAUUUUAAUACUAUUACUUUUGACAAAGGGCAUCCUUUCUUCUUGGAAAACGUUCUCUUUCUUUGUAUUUGUAUUUAUAUAAUGGUCGGUGGUUAAGACAUAUGCUUAAUGGAUUUUUAGUUACACAUCUCAUAAGAUUUGUUCAUAAAAAAAGUGGCUUAACACAUUUUUGCCUAUAAUCCGAGCUAUACAAUUAAGGAACUGCUUUAGAAAACAAUGAGGGCUGUUUUAAAUGCUCAGGCUGAACAGCACAAUUGUGUUUAUUAUGUCACCACAACAGGGUUGCUUUGAUAAAAAGACAAGGCAACUGACGGCAGAAAAAACAUGACAAAACACACAGACACAUUCAAUGUCAGGCAGCAAAGGGGUUGAUGCAAGCAGGCGUAAUUGCAAACAUGGAUUGCUUUGAGGAUUUUGCUGAUGAAAAUGCAUAAGUUAAUGUCAUUAAUUAAACACGUGUGUUACUUACAAUGCCCGAUUAAAGAAAACAUAGAAAAGAUAAAAACAAUCUGGGAAUCUGAUGUGCGAUGUGUACUUAAGAGAGUUGUGUGCUCUUAUUUGAUAUUGACGUUUUCUUCUUCCUGGAUCCAGAGACAAUGUGAGCCAUUAUGCAGUACAUGUAGGAGACCAGCUUGGUGUACAAGUGCAUGAACCAAGACAUCAUCCGUUUGCCUGGCAAUGGUGGCACUUUGUGGUGAACGGGAAGCAUGUCAAAGCCUUCUCCACCCUUUUGAUACCUGAUGAUGAGCAUGGGACCAGCAGACUUUGUAAUUACUAGGAACAAUAAUUAUCUUACUAUAUAUUUACAAUAAACGUACAAUAUCAGCAA